CUCAGAGUAUGUGUGGGGGAAGGAAUACAUCUUAUCCUCACUUCAGGACAUUGUUAUACAAUAGCCUACACACAUGCGUGGUCUUUGUUAUUUUUUCCUCUCCGUCCUGACCCAAAUACAGUGCAGCAGCUUUGAAGUCAUUGGCCUCGUUGGGCACAAUGUCACUUUGCCCUGCAGGUAUGACAUGCAAACUCAUGGUCUGCUGGGUUUCUGCUGGGGACGAGGAAAGGUGCCCAGGUUCAAAUGCUCCAACACCAUCCUCUCCUCAUCAGAUGGGGUCAUACUAUCCAGGGCCUCCAGGGACCCUAAGUAUCAGCUGCUGGGCAGGGUGACGGAUGGAGAUGUGUCCCUAACCAUCCUGAAUGCUCAGUGGAGUGAUGCUGGUGUGUAUGGCUGCAGGGUCAAGAUUCCUGGGUGGUUCAAUGAUUAUAAAGUCAACACAUACCUGGUCAUGGAGGAAGAUCCUGUGGAACAACCUAUUACCCAGGACUACGAAUUUGCUACCAGUGGGAGACAAGAAGUGUUGACAACAUCUGGAGUAGGUGGCACAACACUGGACGGCAUUAGCGAUUUCACAGCGGAGGACAAAUUCAAAGCCUUCUUGGAAGUGGGGAACAUCGGCAGAAUGGCAGUUAUUUUCCUCUUCACCAUAAUCAUAAUCCUCGUCUUUAUUUUCUGGAGAAGGUUGCUGCAGAGGAAGACACUUCAACAUCUCUCAGACUCGGCUGCUGAGAACAUUUAUGAAAGUCUCAACGCCUGAGUGACGG